AUUUUCCAUCCAUCUCAAACCACCUAUUCAUUUGUCAUUGAGCGACUUUGUUUUCUGGAAACACACUCACUGGUAAAGGRGGUGAUUGUUCCGGGUAGGCCUAAAGCACUAAUGAAAUGUGUUCGUUAAGAAAWUCCGGUGUGGUUUUGCAAUGUGCUCACCGCCAGCACUAACUGAAAAAGUGAGAUAGAGGAAGAGAGAGGGAGAGGAACUGAAAUGACGAACACAGAAUGGAUUCAGUAAAAUUGCUUUAAUAAUGUAGGAUAUAUUUUAUUUAUAUUUUUUAUAGAAGUUUGUAAAUUAUUUAUGCGACACCAUGGACUGUAACAUAAUGGACAUUCUAGAAGAAUUCAUGGAAAGUGCGUUGGUGACUUGGGUACAGCUCUUUGAUGGUGUAGUGGACAGGGAGGAGAAUGUCAUGCUCUACAACCAGUACAUGGAGGUGAACUCCAAGUCCCAGAAUUCCCAUGACCGCUACCUGAGGCUGACCAAUGGGAUCUUUCUCAACGAGGUCAUGAGGGUCAUAGACCCCAACCCCAAGCUGGAGCAUUUGUACCGCAGUGGGAGAGAUGACCAGAUGCUCCGAGUCCAGAACUUCUCCAUCCUCAACCGACACCUCAGGGCCUUCUACCAGGAAGACCUACAGCAGCUGAUUCUGAUGCCUCUUCCGAACAUUGCCAUUUUGGGGCAAGACCCCCUAACAGAGGCAGCAGUGGAGGAGUUGAGGAGAUUGCUACUGCUUUUACUGGGAUGUGCUGUACAGUGUGAGAGGAAGGAAACAUUCAUACAGCAAAUCCAGUCGCUGGACAUCGAGACUCAAACUGRCAUUGCCAACUGUAUCCAGGAGGUGACCCAGGACCCCAGAGCGGUGCUGCCGCUGCAGUGGGAGGAGCUGGGAGGGCUGGAGGAGGUGGAGCUACAGGUGCUGUUUGGCUCCAUGGCCAGACAGAUCCAAGGCCUGCUGGCACAGAGYGACACACACCUGGAGAGGAUAGCAGAGUUGUGUUGGAAGAGUGAGGUCCAGCAGGCUGAGUCUGUCAUGGCAACCCGAGGUGGUCACGUUGACGAGCAGCCCCAGGGUCUGGCUGUCCAGCUAGCAGACAGCAGGGCCAAACUACGAUGCCUCAAACAAGAACUGGAAGACAAAGGGGAUCAACUAUUGGAUCACAAGCAGGAAGUACAAACUAUGGACGAGCAGCUGAAGAAACUUCAGAAGGAGAACCGCAGUCUUCAGGGUGAGGUACGGGGAAUGCGAGCCUUGCGUGACGAGCUGGACUGUCUUCGUGACCGUGCAGGCAGAGCCGAGCAGCUGCAGACAGAACUACAGAGCUGCACUCAUAGACUACGCAGCCUGGAAGUCACUCGCACACAACUGAAGGUAUCGCCACCAAUACACUGCACACUGUUUAGUACACAGAGACACUAUUGAUGGUUUCUCCACCUAUACACCACACACUGUUUAGUACACAGAGACUCUACUGAAGGUAUCGCCACCAAUACACCACACACUGUUGCCACACACAGGCACAAUUGAAGGUACCACACCACCUCUACCGUCAACUGUAGCCACACUCAGCUGAUGGUUGGCCCAUUCCCAAAACAACCCUCAGCCCCUUCCCUCUAGCUACUUCCCUCUGUGUUUGCAGAUGGGCUUACAGUAGGU